AGGUGGUGCAUUCAUCGCCCACGCGCCCCUUGUUCCAGCCGACGCUAAGACUGUCGACGGUGUGGAGGUCAAGUUCAUUUCUCCCAGGGAGGGUGAUGACGAGCGCGAGAAGCAGUAUGCGGGAUGGUUUAAUGUGUAUCUGCGGGAGAAGCUGGCCGAUGGAAAGAUCCGCCCAAGUCCCGAGGUCAAGAUUGUGGGCAAAGGCCUGGCGGCGAUCGACGCCGCUCUUACAGAUCUCAAGGAGAAGGGCGUCAAGUGUGCGAAGCCGGUGAUUUUGCUGCAGGAGUGAGUGUCUUGCACUAUUAAAAGAGCGGCCGGUCUACUAGAAUAACAGACAUGAAAAUCAAUCAAGUUUCGUGACCAACAAGCAAACUUUGGGAAAUUCGGUGAACUCAUGUCACAUGUCCUACCAGUCAUUGUUGUUUGAUGCUGGAAAUUGACUCUUUCCAAGUAGUGAGGAAUGAAACCCAUGCUGAGCUUUGGGGCUCUCGUUGGACUCCAUGCCUGCACUCCUCCAUCAACCGACACAUCCACUCGGGGCGGACGAUCUAUAGCCCAUUAAUGAGAGCGACCAUAAUCUUGCCGAAAGAAGAACAAGCCCACGCGGGCGAGCUUGUCAUUCAGCCCACAGACUGCCUAGGAUCCAAACUCGUUGUCGCCAACCAGGAGUUUGUGCAACCAUUCGUCAGGUCAGGUUACCGGUACGGGAUGAAGCGAGCGAUGAUUCAUAUGGUGGGUGUUUGGAAAGGGUGCACCGGAGAUCGCCUCGGUUGUAUGUUGGGGCAUCUCCAUGUGAUAUGGGCUUUGAUACAGGGUGCGCGUGUCGUUGCUGGACUGCCGGGACUCUGGGCUCGGGACCUCGGUCAGAUGAGGUUGACCUAGUCUGGUGGUCAGAUUAGUACGUAUUCAUGAAUAAAUACAUGUGCCCGGGUAUUGAUUGUAUAUCAUGGGGCUUCAUAUCGUUUGCUUCUUUUGUUUAUGCUGCCAUUGAUACAUCCCAUCGCUACUCCGGGCGAAUGAAGUGACGUGUAUACCGUCAUUAUAAAGUGCAC